GAUGGACGGUGUGGAUGUAGGGUACAUACAUCACAGUGGCCCUACAGUUAGGGAUCCACCAACCUCGGUGGAUUCGGGUAUCCACCCAAACCGGUCCCUACCAGAUCAGAAUAAGAGCUCCAUCGGUUAUUCAUUUCAUGUCUAACGUGGGACCCUCAUGUUAAACAGCCCAAAUCCAUCACACGUGUGGUGUUGUCACUAAGACGUGUUGGCCCGCUCUCACGUGCAAGAAUAGGAUUCCGUACUAUUCCCGCCAAUAUCAUUUGCAUUUCUCACACCAAUAGCACAGUAGCUAUUUCCUAUUUCUACUGGUUGCCUCAUGCUCGUCUUCCAAUUCAUUUCCUUUCCACGGAGAUGUAACCAAGCAAAACAAAUCUACUCCCGACUUUUCUCUAAUUCUAACUCUUCACGAAGCACCGGAUCGCAUGCCUGCCAGGUGUUCGACGGAUUGCAUAAUCCAGACGUCUUCUCAUGGGCUUGCGCGAUCCGUUCCUCUUCCCAACAAGGCCGAUUCAAAGAGGCCGCUUCUCUCUAUGCCGGCAUGCAGAGAUCCGGCCUUCGCCCAAACACCUUCGCAAUCUCUGCAGCUCUCAAGGCAUGUGCCCGAAUCCCUGCCAAGAGUGCCGGGAUUUCAAUCCAUGCGCAGGUUUACAAGUUUGGGCAGGAAUGCGAUGUUUAUGUGCAAACGUGUCUGGUUGAUUUCUAUGUGAAAUUGGGCGAUAUGGGAAUCGCACAGCGAGUGUUCGAUGGAAUGCCUGAGAGGAACGUGGUUUCUUGGAACUCAAUCCUUUCUGGGUAUUUGAAAGCCGGGGAAUUGGGGACUGCCAGGAGGAUUUUUGAUGAGAUUCCGGCGAAAGAUGUGGUUUCUUGGAAUUCGAUGGUUUCUGGGUAUGCGAAGGCAAGGGAUAUGGGCCGGGCAGAGUCUUUAUUUGAGAAAAUGCCACAGACAAAUGCUGCCUCUUGGAACGGGAUGAUCGGUGGGUAUAUUCACUGCGGGAACAUAGAAGCAGCACGCAAAUUGUUCGAUGAUAUGCCUGAACGAAGCAAUGUGUCUUGGAUCACAAUGAUUUCUGGGUAUUCGAAAUGUGGGGAUGUUGAUUCAGCUCGCUGGCUAUUCGAUCAGAUGAGUGCAAAGGAUCUCCCUGCAUGGAAUGCUAUGAUUGCCUGCUAUGCUCAGAACAGCCGACCGAAGGAGGCGCUUCAACUAUUUAAUAAAAUGCGGAAACUCAAUGUAAACAUGCGGCCUGAUGAGAUGACUUUUGUCUGUGUGAUAUCUGCCUGUUCGCAAUUGGGAGACCUUAGAUUUGGGUCGUGGAUUGAGUCUUAUAUGCAAAGAAUCAGGAUCGAAUUGGAUGAUCAUUUGAAAACAGCUCUGAUUGACUUGUACGCAAAAUGUGGUAGCAUGGACAAGGCAUAUGAGCUGUUUUGUGGCUUGAGAACACGAGAUUUGGUCGCUUAUAGUGCCAUGAUCUUUGGCUGUGGAAUAAACGGCAAAGCCGUCGAUGCAAUCCGUUUGUUUGAAGAGAUGGUGGAUGACAAGAUCAGCCCAAAUGCAAUCACCUUCACAGGUCUUUUAACUGCAUAUAACCAUGCUGGUUUGGUCGAAGAAGGUUGUAGAUGCUUUGCUUCGAUGUUGGGCAAGCAUCGAGUUGCACCUUCUGCUGAUCACUACGCUAUCAUGGUUGAUCUUCUUGGGCGGGCCGGGAAGUUGGAGGAGGCUCGUGGGCUAAUAAGAAGUAUGCCGAUGCAGCCUCAUGUUGGGGUAUGGGGAGCCUUGCUCCUUGCUUGUAGAAUACAUUGCAAUGUUGAUAUUGGGGAGAUUGCGGCUCAACAUUGCAUUGAGCUGGAGACUGAGGCUGAAGCGAGCGGGUACUAUGUCCUUCUAGCCAAUAUCUAUGCCUCUGCUGGGAGAUGGGAUGAUGCUAAGAGACUGAGAAAAGUGAUAGAAGAGAAGGGGUUGAGUAAGUUACCUGGAUGUAGUUGGAUGGAUGCUACGUAGUUAGUGUUUGAUGCAAAUUAAAUUGAAUCACAAGCAUUGAGAGUAUUUAUACUGGUCAAAGGCCCUCAAUUUGCUGUUGUGUCUCUUUCAGGUCCACUCGAAAGAGGGGAUUGGAAUGGGGAACCCAGACCAAAGCAUGAAUGCCAAGGAAAGCCAUACAUUCUCGUCAUUCACAUUUGACUAGAUUAACUGUUGCAAUUCAAUUUAGGGCUCAUUUGGGAGCUUAUAAAUGGAGGUAAAUGGGAAAUGGAAUUGGAGGUAAAUGAAUUGAGGGUAAAUGGCUUACUAGUUGUGUUUGGGUCAGAGUAAAUGAAAUGCAUUUGAAAUCCAAAUAUUCUCUUUGAAUGGGAGUAAAUGGGAGGAAUUGGAACGCAUUGGAAUUUUUCAAUAUAUUCAUAGGAACAUAUGUGAUAUACCAAAUUAGUGUACAUAUGCGAUACUUAAUAGAAUGAUUGUAAUAAGCCCAUGGAAAUAUAUACUUUUGCCAAAAAUGAGGAAAUUUAGUACCUCGAGUGGGCCACAUA